AUGAUUUUUCUUGUUGAAUACUCGUCGAUUUUUCAACCUCUUGACGAAUUUCUCACAGCGCGGAAUUCUAAAUUAUUCCAAUACUCAACUUGUGACGUGAAUGAUUGGCCUUUCGAUGAAGAAUAUUCUGGACUUCGCGAAGAAGAAGAAGAAGAACUAGCGCUUGAAUUAUCGGAUGCUGAGACUCCCGAAUUGUCUCUUUGUCAGGACGAGUCACAUCGUUCAGUGUCGCCGACUCCUCCAUCAAAGCAGCAGAAUUGUGCGAAGGAUACAAAAGUCAACACGGUAUUCCCCAGAAGAAAGGCUGGGCAGAAUGUGAGGAUGAACAGCAAGCCUGUGGUACUGAGUGAGAGGAACCUGCAAAAACUUUUCAAUCUGCCGUUGUACAAGGCUGCCGAGCAACUCGGGAUCUGUGCUACUGCGUUGAAAUCUGCUUGCAGAAAGCUUGGAAUCAAGAAAUGGCCUUUCCGAGCUCAGCUGCAGUCUCAUUCAUCCAAUAACAAUGUUGUCGCGGAGAAGAAUGAAGAAAAUGCUGCAGCUGGCAGCGAUAAUCUCUCGUCUUCUGAUAGUAAUGGGAGUAUGAGCAGCAAUAAUACUGUUUCAUACGGAAGCGACGAUCAGAACAUGUUCGGUGAUCUCGCCUUGGAUGCCGGUGCGGUCACCAGCCGCGCUGACGGGUAUGUGAGCGCUGGACAAGCCUCGUCCCAUGAGGACGAGCUAGAGCUGAUUGCCGAGAUCCAAGACCCCAUGCUCAAGGAAAGAUUCCUGCACAUGAUGAUGAUGAAGGCACGGUGCAAUGAAAGUCCAGGUGUCGUCGCUGCCAUGAUUCAAGCAGCAGAACACCAGGACCCGCACGUGAGAACAGCAGCAGUGGAGCUGCUGUCGGAGUCCAACAUAGUUGGAGAAGUGACCGACGUCCUUGCGAAGGCGCUUGAGGAUGAAGACCCCUCUGUCAGGCUGCAUGCACUUAAGGGUCUCAAGAAUGUCUGCGCACGUCAAGAAAACGAGAAGGUUGCGUCGAAAAUCCUUUCACUUUCCCAAGAUCGCGUGCCUACCAUCCGCGAGAUGGUUCAGGAAGUUAUCCUUGCCAGGAUCGAUUCCUUCACGACGAGCAUGCGAUGCUCGAUGCUCGAGAAUGAGCUGGAGAGCAUACGCAUUGCUGCUGUGAGGUCGUUUGAACUGGAGGAUCGAGCAGACUCUCGUGUCAUGGAAGGCCUGCAACAUGCGCUUGUCGAUGGGCAUCCGGUUGUGCGGAUGAAUGCCAUUCAUGUCAUUGCGAGGAAGUUGCAGGGAUCGUCUCUUGAAACUGUCAAAGGGCACAACACCAACAGUCGUUCAAUCGCUCUCAAGAAAUCAUCGCUGGAGGACGAGAGCGAAGAUCUGAAAGUGAAGGAGCACUACAUGAAGCUACUGAUACGGGCAUUACGAGAUGAAUGCGAUGAUGUCGUCCUUUCCGUACUAGAUCAUCUCGAUUUUGAUUCAGUCAAACAAAGUCGAGGACCUGUCAGAUCAGCAAUUGAUUUAUUCGCUCAUAAGUCUUCGGCUGUGAGGCGAAAAUCGAUAUCUUGGAUCAUCAGUGCUGUGAAACAGACGCUUUCGUCCUCGCAGGACUGGGCAUAUGAUCUUGUACUUGGAAUUCUCAAGAACCCCGACACAAAGAAUACAGACGAACUUGAUAGAAACUCCCGAAUGAAGGAUGUUCUGGACCUCCUGCAACACUCCAGUCCUCUCACCAGAGCUGCAAGCCUCCGAGCACUUCAUGGUGCCGUCAGAAACCUGAUCAAGCCUGUGCUGUGGAACUCAGGAUCAAGCCCAACAGUGAUUGGGGCAUUGAGGGACGAAGACAAGCGAGUGCGUAUCGCCGCCAUUGCUUCGCUGUCCAAUGUUCCAAGUGGAAACCCCGAAGCCAUUCGGCCGCUCCUGAAAUGCCUCGAGGACUCAGAGCUGCAAGUGCGGAACCAAGCUGCAGACGUGAUUGCUGGAAGUUUGACACGACAAGACCUGCAACUGAAGCUCGAGUUGGUCAGCCUGUUGCGUAAAUACUCCGGGGCAGCGCAGGCUGUUACCAAGGGAUUCGAGAUGGGGGGCAAGUAUCUAUCCCUCGAAGUUGGGUUCACGGGCAGGAAAGAUGCAUCGGCUCAUGAUAUCUGUGCAGCAGCCCUUCGUGCACUGCGAGGCCUUGGAGUUCCAGACAGCAUCUUGAAACUUGGAGCACAUGCAGUCGAGGCAGCAGUUGAACGUCAUGCCAUUGGCUUCCGUUACGAGCUUCCUCCAAACUUCAUGAAUCAAAAACAUAGCGAAAAUCAUAAGAGGCGGUAG